UUUGAUAAGAAGAAGCACGCACACGUGCAACUGGAGUAAACGAUUUUCCUUUCUUAAAUUCUGCAUAAGAAUAUAUAUAACUAAAUAUAUGUGAAAUAUAGAAAUUUAAUUUGUAAGAUGGCCAUACAAGCGAAUAGGCGCAAGAGAAAACAUGAGACCGCCGAUGGUAUAGAUGAUGGUGAAGGGGCAGUGCCCAAAAAACAGAUGAAGCAGUUCCACACGCCAAAAAAGGAAAAGGCUGAGCUGGGAGAAGCCGAACAGGAACAGGCCGAUAGUGGGCUGGCUGAUGUCGAUGAAGUGGAUACAAAUCACUCUCCAAAGAAAAAGUCAAAAAAAGCCAAAGCUGCCACAAGUGUAGAAGCAGCUAAAAAUGUUGACGGUGGUCAACAGGUGGAAUUACAAACGCCCACCAAAAAGUCAAAACGCAAGCAUGGGCAGAAAAAUGAAGGUUCUUUUGAGGCCAUGGAAUUAACUGAAAAUGGCUAUCUUCAUGAAAACCUUGACUCGGGUACUGGCUAUGAGGAAGAGCCGAAAGUGCGUUUUCCAAAUGACUUCAAAAUGAUGCACUUUCGCAGCCGGCUACGGACCAAAAACUUUAUUACCGAACUUCGUCAUUUUUUGUAUAUGUGUGACACGCGUCCAAAAAUUGUGGCCAAGUACAUUGAGAAGCGUGGAAAACCGUUGGAACUUGCAGAGGCUUUCGAACGCAUCGAUAAAAGCAAUGUGCUUCACCUAAGCUAUCUGUGUGAAGCACUGCAGCGCGUUGUGAUGGAGAUACUGGUCAAUCAAAAGAGUCACAUGGAGUCUGCGGCACAUGGUUGUCGGUACUUUUUAAAGGCCCAUGGUGCCGUCGUAGAGCAGCUGUUGCAGUCGGCCAACCCGAAACAUCGCCGCAAUGCACUUAAACUGUUGACGGCCAUUGUGUGUGUAGAACCCCAACUUGGUCGGCAAGUGCUUAGCUCCUACGAUACACUCUCCAACACCAAAACAGGGACGCAUUUGCUCUCUCAUUCGCGUUCAGAUUGUAACGAGGAGGACACGGUGCGCAAAGCCUACAUACACUUUGUACUGGCUUUUCUUGUCGACGGAAACACGCUGCUAAUACGAAAUAUACUGGACAAGGGACACCUGAUCACAUUGCUAGCCGGUGGUUUACUUUACGACGAUCAUGUGACAGUGUGUGUGGUGCUCAAUGCCUUGCGACAAUACGUGCUCGAGUGCCCAGAAAUUUCCAAGACGAAGAAAAUUCUUGUAUUCGAUGCUGAAUGCUGCAAGCAUUUACGGCGUCUCUACGACUGGCUUGGCCCAAAGGCCCUUAUUUCGCACUUCAGUGGCAAACGCAUAAACAAUUCUGAGCUAAUGCAGUUGGCUGCUCCCGAAGAACGGGAAGCUGUGGCUACGGCCACACACUCACUUCUCCUGAUGCUAUUUACUUCUCGUAAGCACGGCAUCGCCUUUGAUGCUGUGACACACUACCGCCAAAAGCACAAUUCCCUACAAGGAAAAAUGAUCGGCACACUUCACCGUCCUUAUGAAAAUUGGCGAAAGAUUGAGUUGAUAACGGAGACGUUACGCGCUUGUCCAGAACUGGCACGCCAUACUGUACGCAACUAUGCGAGCCUACUAAGUCCCACCAAUGCUACAAUGAGUAACUUAACACAUGCGGCCGAAUUGCUCACAAAAAUCAUUCAGUCUGUGCCUCCAGAGGCCAUUGCGCCGGCCAUGCAAAAAAUGACAUUGACGGACUUGAGCUACUGGAUCAAGGAAGUUUGCUUGCCUAUUGAGGCUUUACUCAUAACGGUCAGUCAACAAAUAUUAAGGCACAAAGACUAUUGUGUGCGCAUAGCAGUCAAUCGAUUACUGCUUGCCAUGAUGACCCAAUACAGCAAUUAUAUAAGUGCGAUUGCACGGCGUGAAAAAUCCAAGCACGCAAUCAACUCGCUGCGUCGUUUCAAAUUCGAACUGUUAAAUCAUGUGCUCGUUAACUUCCCCACUGUGGAAAGCAUACUUUUCUCUCUCUCUAUCUCCAUAAAUGAUCAGCUGGUGGAGUCCGUCAAUGUGCUGGAACAUUUGUCUGUAACUUUGGACUUGGUGCUGCUUAUGUGCAAGGAGAAUCGCGCAUUUGUCAAUCGAACGAGUAAAAUUUUGGACUAUUUGGAUGUACUUCGUCCUCUUUACGAACUUGAUUUUGAUGAUCUGAAAAAAGGGGUCACCAAGGAAAUGCAAGUUAAGAACGAUACGCAGCCACUAUCGAAGCAGCUGGACAUAGUGUCGAAAAUGAAAUUGGAAAUAAAGUCCAUUAAGACGAUCUUACUGUUGUUUCCAGGAACGCUUCAGCCACAGGAACAACUUUUUGAGAAGGUUUUGCGCUCCUUUGUGCGCGCCUAUCUCCUCCAGGACUCAGAGCUUAGUGCUGAGGCUGGUAAUGUACUACAUCGCCUCUUUUACAAUACUGGCAUAUUCGAUUCCUGUCGCUAUGAAAUCGAUCUGUGGCUGGAGGCAUUGCAUGGCUUCGAUUCAGAAAUAGUGGACAAUGUGCUUUCCAUAUUGUUGAAUGUUUUUCGGCUAGAUUUUAGUGUGGUGGAGCUACCUGAGAUAAUAGUGCGUGAAACCGCUAGCAAUGUGGAAAAUUUGGAGCAACUUUUUAAACAAAUCGAAGAGGGACAAACGGUGCAGGCCUAUGUUGAGACAUUAACGCUGAGCAAGCUGAUGCCCUUGAUACUGCAGGGUGUGUCAAUUGAGCCACCCUACGAUGCCUACUUCGAGUUGGUGUUUGUAUUGCUCUACCACUACCAUACAAAACCGGAGCAAGUGCAGCAACUCUAUUCACAGCACUUGCAAAUCCAUAACAAUUACAUGCAGAGCUGGUUACAAUUGGAGAGUGCGCAAUCGCAACCGGAAAUGCUGGAUGCAAGCGUGGUCAAACAGUGGCCCCUGAUGGCGAAUUUGCAGGAGGCACUUUUCUCUGCGGAAUCGCCGAAAUUUGAGAGUUUAUUUAAACCAGCAAAAAAUAAUAGUUUGCAGUUUAAAUUGAAGCUUGAAAAUGGAGAGAUUGUGCAUCUGCAUCAUAGCUUGGAAAAUACAUCACGCAUUAUGUUGUAUGUCCAGGUGUUGCUGUUCCAUGUAGCCCAACUUAUGGCGAAACAACAACUGAGCUUUAAGAUAUCCGAACAGGCCGCAUUAUACAUGAAGCGAUUACUGCAAAUUGCCGCUCAAUUGGAUCUGAAUAAGCCAGAAACGCAUGAGAAUGAGGAGGAGCAACAAACGCAUGUGCAACGUUUGUUACACUACAUAUAUGGAGUGCGUCUCAGUCAAAUGCAGCUAACUAAGCUCUUCAGUAGCGAAAACAAUGACCAACUGCUGCACUAUGUUCAUUUUUUGCGCCUACUAACGGAACACUGCCGCACGCUGCCCAACUUUGCCUCAUAUACCGGAAACUAUCGCUUGAAAGUAGUUAAUGCAUUGGAUAUAGCACUGAGCACCAGGAAAGAAGUUGGCGAAGAAGCCAUACAGCUGCUCGAAUGUGUGGAGUUGGUUAAGGUAUUUGAACUCAAUGCCGAAGAAUGUAUGCAAAUGUUGGCGCUGCUGACGUCAAAGCUGCAAUCGGCCGACUAUUUUGUUCAUGCGAAGGCAACACAUUACUACGAACUGUUGCUGCACUUACUGAAGCGUUUGGCUGCACUGCAGCAGCCUGUUGAUUGUCGCGAAAUCAUGACCAAGUUGCGUCUCUAUUAUGCGGACUAUUGUGGAGAACUAUCUGGACUAGUUGGUGAGCAGCAGCUUGAACAAUUGGAGGUGGCACUAUGCGACUUUCUUCUGCACUAUCAUCAUCAUAUUGCAGACUGCGAUGCAGAAUUUUUUGGAUGCUUCUUUGGUGCGGCGCGAAAGUUGAGCAAAUCGGCCGUACGCUUGGCUUCUUUGCUGCUGCAGCGAAAUGAAAAUUUGGCUCCAAAAUUCAGCACUUUACUGUUGGAACAUGUGGAGCAAAAAGAGUUGAUAUAUCCUUUGUUAGAUGUGGCGUUUAGUUGUAAAUAUACUCUGGAGACGAACUUGCUGCAACGCUGCUAUCAAGUAUACAAAUCUGGCCUGCUUAAAUCCAUAGAAAAGCCUCAAAAGGCUGCACUUAUUUAUCGCGAGAAUGCUGAGGCCAGUGCCGCUCUCAUUGCUAAUUGCAUGCCAAAAUCAGAGUGUGUGGAUUAUUGUAACAAGCAGCUGAAAUUUGAUGCUGUGGAAUUGUAUCAAAUGCGGGUGCUACACGAGAUUUAUAAACAAGCAUUUGAAGCGUCUGCCAAAAAUGUGAAGCAACAGUCUGCAAUAUUUGUGAACUAUAUCAGUAUACAGGUGCAAAUGCUGUCUCUGGACUUGAAGAAGCAGAUGGUGCAGCUGGAAAAACUGGAGCAGUUAGCUUACAAUUGCUAUGAAUGGUGGCAGCAAAUGCGCAGCGAAGAGAUGCAACAAGCGCUGGACUGGAGUCGCUUGUUGAAUUCGCCUCAAUGGGUUAACUUUUGCAAGAGCUGUUUGAAAAUGGCUCUAGCGAAGGAGGAGCAGGCUGCUGACGAAGCCAGAGACAUUACAAAUGGAUUGCUGCUCAAGCUGUUGGCCUAUUUGUGUGAACAUCUUUACGAGGACUUUAGCGAAAGUCGGGAGCAACAAGAAAACACAAGCACGCCAGCUUUGCUUUAUGAAAUGGUGUGCACGCAUUCUUGUUGCCUAGAUCAUCUACUGGACUAUGCCAGCACCCCGACUGCAGUGAAAACACAUGUGCUGCAGUUGCUCGAGACGCUGGCACGUAAGGCGCCACAGGCUUUACAGUCUGCGCAUAUACCCAUACUGCUAGGAGCAUAUCAGGCGCGUCUGACCCAUGCGGAUCGCUUUACCCUGGCACUGCUGGAGCAUUACGAACGGUACGAUGUGGGCCUGGCAGCAUACCGCCCUUUCAUUUGGGGCGAAAGCGCCGAGGCUUUUUAUGCUUUAAGAGCCACAGAAGAUGAGCGUUCCAAACUGCAGAAGCAGGAAACAGCGGUGGCCCAAGUUAUGUCCUUGAUUGUUCCCCAACAAUGCAAAUAUACCAUAGAAAACUAUCCGGUGUGGCGGGCACUGCAUUCCAGCGAGCAGUUGCCCGAAGUGGAGUUUGUGCAUCCACAAAAGAAAGCGUUGCGGUUUGGCAACAAUACGCUGGAACACCAAGUGGAGCAGGGACAGCUAGAGUUUGAGCAGUCGGUGCGUCGGCUAUGCCCCAAACGUUCGGAUGUUUUUGAGAGUUGUUAUGAUCCCGCAUUUAUUGUGCCGCUAAUGGUGCACUGUUUUGCUCCGGACUCUGUGGUGCGGUCACUUUGGCCUGUACAGAACGGAUUGCUGGCGCUGAGCUUCUGUGCGCUGUCUUCUUUAGACAAGGACAUGCGAUUGGCAGCUGCCUGUUGUCAGCAACGUUAUCGGGUACAUUUCGAGCAGGCCAAAUUCUUUGAAAAACCCUUGUGGACACAGGCUUACGACAAUAUACAGGCGGGGUUGAACGAUCUUCGUGAAUCCUGGUUGGCGCAGAGACGCACACAUGGAGGCACGCCCCGUGUACCUCUUAUACCCGCCCUCUUCAUUGCACGCACGUUUAAUCUGAGCACGGACCCCACUCACUUACUGUACAAACGGUUAAUGAUGUAUCUGCAGCUGAAGGAGAGUUUCAACUUCCAGACGAUACCGGAAUUCAAUGUUUUCUUUUACUCGCAAGAGGUGGAGCACCAGCAGUAUCGCGAGUGGAUUGUGGACCUGCUCCGUUCCGGCAUUAAAUGCAGUGGCGAUCUCUUCCUGCUUGUGUCUACCAACACGUUCAAGGUUCUGCUUAGUUAUUUUAGCUGCAACUUAUCAGGGCUGGAAGUGAAUCUACUAAUAUUGUCCCUGUUAUCGACUUGUGCCAAAAUACCCGGUGCCGUCAAGAUCAUGCUGGAGCAUGUAGGUAUCCUCGCCUGGUUGGCGGGUGUCAUCCGUGAAACUGAGUUUUAUCAUUUCGACAUUAUCGAGGGUCUCAUUACCAUUGCAUGCAAUCUGUGGUUUUCGAUGGCCGCCAACCGAACAGAGCUGCUCGACUAUUCAAAUUUGCAGAUUCGGUUGCACCGUGUGAUGCUGAGUUUCUUGCCGCUGCUCUCGGCGCGCAUAUCGGUGGCUGCACUAGCAAGACUGUUGAAUGUGCUCCAGAAGACGUCGGCGGUCAGUGGACAGUAUAUGGCUCUGUCUGAGAAGCAGCUCGAUUUACUGAUUGACUGCGCCGCCAGGCACUGGCCCGAGCAAAUAUCAGGAGUUCGAUAUGUGCGCAGUUUUGGAGGAGCAGGUGCCUCUAAGCGGGAAGAAUAUUGCCGCUGGUUAGCCAACGAACAACAGUUGGAUACGCAUGGCGUGUUGGCACUGUCCAGUUUGCGUUCAUAUGUCAGCGAUUGGUGGCAGGCGCACAAUAAUCCAAACAGAGGUUUACAGACACUAAACGAUGGUAAAGGAGAAGCACAACCACAAGAGAAUCAAAAGGUGCAGCAGCAGGAGGCAACAAAAGAAUUACAGUAGCUAUAAGGUCGCUGCAAUUAGGCAAAGUUUUAAAUAAA